CUUAAUGAGUCAGUUAAACAUAUUGACCAUUGUUUGUUAUUAGGACCACUUCCUGAACCUACUGAUGGCAAAACUGUUGAUCCAGCUUAUCCAAAAAAAGAAGUUAUUGCUUUCACUGCAAAACUGAACAUUGCACACAGCACCCCAUACCACAGAGGUGUCCUAAAACUGGUUGACGUAGUGACCAAUGAAGGGAACGGCUACAGCCCAGAGACAGGGCAUUUUGUAUGUCCACUGAAAGGCUUGUAUUUCUUUACUGUCCACAUGUCGGUGGCAGGACGGGCCCAUUGUGAAAUAUACAAGAACGGAGAGAGCGUGACUACACUGUAUGAUACGAGCCAUCCCCACGACUGCCCCCAAGUGGCCACCAUCAGCACUGUUGUGGAAUUAAAGGAGAAAGAUACAGUGUGGGUCAAUUUGUGGGGCCACGGAAGACAUGAGAUCAUUGCCACUGAGGACAAUGAUACAGUCUUCGUUGGCUUCUAUUUAGGAUAAUGAUGAGAUGAUGAUUACAAUUGUGUGCCACUGACAAGAAACAUGUGUUUUGUACCAAUAAAACACUAUUUUGGGAAUGCAUUUU